GAUACUGCGCUUGAAAAUCACCGAUAACGGAUAGUACAAAAUGAAGCCUUUAAUCGAAUUCGAGGAAUGUUUGAGAGACACGCCAAAAUUCCGAUCCUGCAUCGAGGAAGCAGAGGCAAACGUUGAUUUACUCGAACAAAAAUUAGACAAGGUGUUAAAAAACUGUUGCCAAAUGAUUGACACUGGAAAGCUUUUUAUAGGACAACAAAGCCAAUUUGCCAAUAGUCUUUGGGAGUUAUCUCUGUACUUCAAUGAUGAUUCAGAGAUAAUGGCCUUACUGAACAAGUUAAUCCAUGCUUUGCAAGAAAUGAACAAGUUUCAUACUAUUUUAUUAGAUCAAGCAUCUAGAACUGUAAUUAAAGAUCUUAAUUCUUUCAUUAAAAGUGAUAUCAGGAGGGUGAAAGAAUCUCGACAUUAUUUCGAAAAAAUAUCUGCGGAUCUAGAUAUAGCAUUAAACAGAAAUUCACAAGUUCCAAAGUCCAGACCUGCAGAAUACGAAGAAACAUCAAAUAUUUUAUCAGCCACGCGAUCAUGUUUCCGACACACCGCUUUGGACUAUAUUCAUUCAUUGACAAUGAUACAGGCACGAAAACGGCACGAGAUAUUGGGUACUCUACUUAAUUACAUGAAUGCAUGUAUUACUUAUUACCAUCAAGGCAGUGAUCUCGCACAAGAUUUGGAUCCAUUUCUAAAGGACCUUGGAGACAAUUUGAUUCAAAUGAGGACUGACUCUGUGAAACUCGAAAAAGAAAUGGAAAAUCGGCAUAUUUACGUAACGAACAGAGACUUAAUACCCUCUCCCAUACCUGGCAAUCCUCGGAUGGAAGGGUACCUUUUUAAACGUACCAGUAACGCGUUUAAAACAUGGAAUAGAAGGUGGUUCUGUUUAAGAGACCACCAAUUAGUAUACAAAAAAAGAACUGGUGAUAAUGAUUUUACAAUUAUGGAAGAAGAUCUUCGUCUCUGCACUGUGAAACCAGUGGUUGACUGUGAUAGAAGGAAUUGUUUUGAAGUAUUAAGUCCUACCAAAAGUCACAUAUUACAAGCUGAUAGCGAAGAAGCGUACUUAGCAUGGGUAACUGCCAUGCAGCAAGCGAUUGGUGCUGCCAUUCAAAGAGGCAUGGGUGCUGGUACUAUAAUUAGUAUACGAGACUCGCAAUCACAGAGUAACAGAGGAUCGAUUAGACCUUUGUCGAAACCUAAAUCAAGAGUGUGGGAACAGAUCUUAAAGAUCCCUGGAAAUGAUAGUUGCUGUGAUUGUGGCGGUGCUAAUCCAAGGUGGGCCAGUAUCAAUCUUGGAAUUACCCUCUGCAUAGGUAAAUUAUUUUUCUGUAGGACUAUAAAGAUGGUAAUCUUUAAGAAAUUUCUUAAAUUUCCCUUUUUUACAGAAUGUUCUGGGGUGCACAGAAGCUUGGGUGUUCACUACAGCAAAGUUCGAUCCCUCACGUUAGACGAUUGGGAGCCAGAGAUAUUAAAAGUAAUGGCAGAGCUCGGAAACACUGUAGUGAAUAAUGUUUACGAGGCUCUGCCGAUUCCCUCGAAUAUUAUUAGGGCUACACCGAAAUGCAAUGGCAACAUACGCGAAGCUUGGAUAAGAGCAAAGUAUGUAGACCGUAAAUUCGUGAAGCCUUUAAGCAACAUGAUUUCCUGCGGUCAGCAUGCGAGCCGUGACAAAAUGCACUUUCGCAAAUGGAGCGUGCGUAAACUUCGUCGCCGGCCGCGAAGCUGCGACAAAAUUGAUAAUAUUAAUCGUAAUAAAACAACGACACUAUCUUCCGUGAAAGAAGGUCAUCAUUCGACAAGUUCGGAUGAGAGCAAGCAUACGUCAAUCGAAAGUUUAAGUUCCGUUGAUAAGGCGAAGAAAACUGAACGUAGUUCCUUAAGCUCGGAUGAUAGUACGAACCUAGAUCUGAAAAAUGAUUCUACAUUGUACGGGAAGAUAUUAGUACGACCAACGAGCGAAUUGAAUGACUCGAAAGUUACUGAUAGCAAUACAGAAUCGAAUACUGAAAACGAACAAAAGCUUCCCGAGAUGCAUGACAAUACAAUAGCCACGAGCGACUCGGAGAAUAAUCUGUCGAUGAAAAGCGAAGUGUCCUUAAGCACAGAGAUAUCCGAUACGAAAGAGACGUCCGAGAAUAAAGACGUCGGAACGGAGAAGCAAUGUACAGAAAAGAUGGAGUUCGAGGUGCUGAUGUUCGGAUGCGAUUUACCAAAGCCAACGAUCGAUAAUAGCUUAGAAUUAAGUUCGGAUCAAGACUCGACUGCCGGCGAGGAUGAAGAAUUCACAGACGAGGAGGACAUAGAAAAUCUACAUCCCGAGAUGCUACUUUAUAAAGCGGCUGCAGCGCACAAUCUCCCUGUGAUGUGUGCAGCUUUAGCAGCAGGUGCUGAUAAAUUAUGGACGAAUGUUAACGAUAGGGGACGUAAUGCGCUGCACCAAGCCAUUAUAAGCGGUUCUGUGAUGUCCUGUGAAUAUCUCAUUCUUAAUGGAGCGCGUAUCAAUUGUCAGGAUGCCGAUGGGAAGACACCGUUAUAUUUGGCCACAGAAUUAGGCCAUACUGCCCAAGUGUGUUUACUUUUAAAGCAUCGCGCUGAUCAGCAUAUUCAUGACGAAAGUGGCGUAAAACCUUUGUCGAUAGCCGUGAAGGAAGCCAACGCGGAUAUUGUUACAUUAUUGCGGCUCGGUCUCCUGAACGAAGAAAUGAAAGAUUCGGAGAUCGGAAUAAGCGGCGACGAGACUUUCAACGACGUGGUCCGCGAUUUUAGCCAAUUAGCAUGCUCUCAUCCGGAACGAUUGCAACGACGAAAUGAAAGUAACAACGCAUCGCAACCGCCCGAAUGAGGUUUAAGGGCGUGCAAGAUUUAUUUGCGAAAUCUCCGGAGCAGGCUACAACCGAAAGAGAAGAUGAGGAAUGGUACAUCGAAAAUGUCUUUCAGUUCCUUGCAGGGUAAUAGAGUUGAUUACGAAUAACCGGGUAAGUAUGAAGUUUAAAGCUUUAUCAUUGAACGGAGAUUGUUAUUAUGAAAGUUAUGCAUCUUUCUACGCUUUCAUCUCUGCGUGAAGUUGAAUUGAAAUUUUAUUAGCGUUUUGUAUUUCUCUACUUAAAAAAAUGAACAAUUCUAAGGAAUUUAUAUUUUGCGAUAUGAAAUUUUCGUAUGCUUUCCUUCUGGUUUUCCUCUUUAACUUACAGAAAAGAAAUAAUUGAAAAAAAUAUAUAUAUCUUUACAUCGCGUGCUUUAUACAUUGCAUAAUGUAAAUGUAACUUGGAAUUUGUAAAACGUUUUGCAAACGCGCAUAGCAAAGUAUACAUUUGUAUUAUCAAGUAUUUGUAUAUCGUUUAUGUGAUAUUACAAACGUGACAAAGUAGUUUUUAACUCUGUUGUACGAGAAAGAUUUUACCAAUAGCCGACACGUUUUCGAGAUAACAAUGGUCUAGCAAGAUGUCUUCGAAGCAACAAUUUUAUACAUGUAUCUGUUUUUAUAUACUUAAUAUUACCAGUAGUGUAUAUACAACUGGCACUAAGGUAACUUUUUUUGUUUCUUUAAUUAAACGUAGUAGCCUGAUGCUAUGUAAUUAGUAUCAAACCGAACUAGGACAUUAUAGUUACAUAUAAUUAUGUAGUUUAUCUAGGGAAGUUAUACGUAUAAAUAGUUGUAAAUUACACCAAGAGAAAAGAAAAAAAAUCUGAAAAAAAAAGAAUAUGAUCGUAGUUCCGUAUAAUCUAUGCCACAUUGAUAUGAUUCGUGUAACGAAUUUGUUGCCAAAAAUUGAAACCGUUUGUACCUAAAGCAUAUACGUAUAUCGGGAUAACUAUUCGAUGUUGAUUCUUGAACAAAUAUUUUAUUUUCAAGAAUCGUUUAGAAUUUAUAAUACAUAAUUAUACGAAGAUCUUUGUGUAUGUAGAAUUCAUUUUCUGAAUGACAAAUUCCAUUUCUUUCUUCGCUGUGUUUUAUGCAUUUAACCGGACAAUUUAGCAUUCUUUUCGUGAUUUAUACAACGAACAAGUACACCGACUCACGAAAGUAUUCGAAAUCAUGCGAGUGAUUGAUAUACUACAAUUCGAAUACUUUCGUGUACCUGUGUACAUGGUACUCUCCACGAAUACUUCAGUAUCAUGUUAACUACUUUAAACAGUAUUUGUAUAAAAUAUUAUAGCAUAAUGCAUGAUUCUUUUUUAGUCUACUCGAGUAAAGACGUAUUAAUCAUUGUUACGAAUAUUUUUCAUUGUUUAUGCGGUAGAGAGGCUUUACCGAUAGCUGCGAUUUAAGGUACAAAGUCGUAUCGUAUUGACCCUUCUUCUAGGACGUUUAUUUCAACGAGAUUUAUAACAGAUUGCGGUAUGAUUUUCGAAUUCCAUAUAUUUUUUUAUUCGAUGUUACAUGCCAUAGUUUGUCCUUCGAAUCUGGUAUUCGAUUCUCUUUUUUUUUUUAAUUAAGCAACAUGACGAUGACGUAAGCAUAACUAGGUAUAAAAAUUAGAUACUCAUUGUUGAUUAGCGACAAGAUUCGUCUUCGAUUUAACUUUUAUUGUACGCGUUUAGUAUGUUACUUUAUACUUGAACAAUUUAUACAGGAUAUCUCAUAGAACUGGGCAAAAAUUUCAUUAGAAAAAAAUUGAAUGCUAUCAAAUGGAACAUCGGGCAAUAUAUGUGUUGGUACCGGAAGUGGAGGGAUUUCAGAGAUUUCAAGAUGAAUUAAUUCAAAAAAUAUUUUAGGGAGAAACAGGGCUAUGGGACACCCUGUACACAGUGUAAAAAAGUAACUUUAGAAUUAACUUGUUAUUUUUGAAACUUCGUUUCUUCUCCUUACAAAUAUAUUUGAAACUUUCAAUCGAACGAGAUAUUGAUGUCUAGUACUUCUAUUUUGUACUUAUAUUUUUUUAUAUAUGUUUUAUACGUAUGAUUGACGAGAAAAAUAAAGGAAGCUAGAAAACACACGCACGUCUUCCAGAAUGGAGCUUCGCUUUUUCUAAGAACACGAUGGUAUCGUUUGAAAUAUGCUUCGAUGCAAAAUGAUCUUUUUCCAAUUAUUGUACGACGCGAUGUUUUCUACGUUGUUACGUUUUAUCGAUUCGUUUGAAAAAUCAUUGCCAGUUACUGCCUAACUGUGAAAUGUUGUUGCAAUAAUUCCGUACACAUAAUGUAUGUCUAUAAACAAGUUGAACAAAUAGUAUGGUUUCACUGUUACGCGUGAUUACAACAAAAAUUGUAAACAAUUUAACUAAUGUAUCAUACUGUACACAAAGUUUACGUCAUAAAACAGCGAUUACGCAAAUA